UAAUUAUUAUGGAUACCGUUGAAAGUUUUGAAGAAUUGGAGGGGUUUAAGGAAAAUAAAAUUAUUGAAUCAUCUCAGACUUCUACUACAGAUUCGGUGACCCUCAAUGAAAAUCUAGAAGAGGUUGAUAUUAUUAGUAGUUGCAAUGAUUCCUCUUUUGAUCUGGAUUAUCCUUACCAUCUUCAGGCAUGUUCUGUGGAUGAGGAAAUUGAUAAUCUACAGAAUCUGUUUGAAAUUAAAAUGUGUGAAAAUUUAAAUGAAGAUGGAAGUGAUAUAGUAGAUAUGCAGGAAACAAGCGAUUCUCCUACUAACAAUCCGACAUUGGAUAAUGAAGCCCAAGACAUUCUACAAGACGAUGAUGAAAACCGAGAGAUUUCAACACUUCUUUCGGAAUUACGAGAAAAAUACAGUAAUCUAUCAAAUAUUGAAUGCUUUCCUGACAAUCCUACAAGACGUGAAAAUGAACGCUAUAUUGAGUUUGAUAUUGAGCCAGAGGAUGAUCGUGUCGGAAACACUAAUUGGUGCACAUGUUCGAGAUGUCAUGUUAUGCCUACAUAUGUCGAGUCUAUAUGUUGCCAUGAAAUACCAAAUGCAGAACCUUACAUUACAGACAAUACUUGUAUCACACUUCAUGAGUAUUUUAAUUUAUAUUGUCAAAGAGAAGACCUUAUAAAUAUCAAUCUUCGUGCCGUUGGUCAAGUUCGAACACCGCCCCCUGAUAGAGAUUUUAACAGGCAAAGGCGUAAGACAGCAUACCGGUUUUUCACCACUUGGGUGCAUGGCUAUCUCGGAGUUGGAAAUAGGAAACCCAUACCCUCUUGUGCAGUUUAUCUAAUACGGAGUACUUUUCCGGACCCUGAAGAACGUUACAUGGGUUUUAAAGAAAGUUACGAGUACCCUGCUGAGUUUAUGGCAUUGGAAUAAAAGAAUUUAAUAUUAUUUUUAUAUUGUUUUAAAA